AUGAACCCUCCCAGCCUACUGGUCGAAGAAGAGUUGGAUGGAGACGGAGAUGCGACGAGUGCGUGGGUCCUGGCCGUCUAUGUCGACGAAAAGGGCAAGGAGAUGCGGUUCAAGCGCACCGUCUCGAUGGCAGGCAGCUCCGAAUAUCGACUCAACAAUAAGGUUGUCACCCACAAGACGUACGACGAGGCGUUGCAGUCUCAGAACAUUCUCGUACAAGCCAAAAACUUUCUCGUGUUCCAAGGCGACGUUGAGGCCAUUGCAUCGCAAUCGCCAAAGGACUUGACCAAACUUAUUGAGCGCAUCUCUGGAUCAUUGGAGCUGGCAAAGGACUAUGAAGAAGCCAAGCGAGCGCAGGAUAAAGCUACUGAGAGCUCUACGUUCAACUUUACCAAACGCCGUGGGAUCAUGGCGGAGAUUAAGCAGUUCAAGGAACAAAAGACAGAGGCGGAUAAGUUUGAAAAGUUGCUUGAUGAGAGGGACGAGCUGGUUAUCCAACGUCUGCUCUGGCGCUUGUACAACAUCGAGAGUACGAUCAAACGCAAUACCCAAUCCAUCAAGAAACGCGACGCCGAACUGGCUGGGAUACGGGCUGAGCUAACUCGACAAGAAGACGCACUUGCGCUCGCACAGCAGCAGCAGGCAAAAGCGAGGAGCGAGGUGAUGAAGAAGGAAAAGGCGAUCAAAAAGCAGGAGAAGACUAUUGAGGCAAAGAAACCGGCACUUUUAGCAGUCGAGACACAAAUCACACAUGGUGAACGCAAGAUACAAAACGCGGAGAAGAUUGCCCAAGAAGUCAAGCGCGAUUUCAGCAAGGAGCAGGAAAAGCUCGAGCGUCUCAAGGCGGAUCUGUUGGUAGUACAGAAGACUGCCGAGAUGGCAACAAAGGCGCAAAAGCGCGUGGCCAAUUCCAGUCUCAAACUCGCUGAAGGACAUUUGGAGGAGUAUCAAGCACUCAAAUCGAAUGCGACAUCGCAUGCCGUCGCCGAACGCCAAGGACUCGACAAACUCAACAGAGAUUACAAGAUUGGAGCGCGUUCGUUGGCCACUUUGCAAGCCAAACAUGACGAACACGAUUCUAAGCAAACGACUUUGAUGCAAGAUUAUGAGACCUGGAAGGAAAAGGCGGCAGAGGCAGAAGAAAAAGUCACCAAGCUCAAAGCCGACGUCAAAGCAGUGAAACAGCAUCUGGAUAAGAACGAGGCCGAACGGACAAAAAUCACGAAACUCGAAGGCGAGGUCAAUGAAAAGCUGCAAAACAUUCACAAUCAACUUCUGCAAGCCAGUGCGGAACAGCGUGAGACGGAACGUGACCGCAGUUUCAAAGAGAAUCUCCAAAAUUUGCAACGUAUCUUCCCGGGCGUGCGCGGAAGACUGGUUGACCUUUGCAAGCCGAGUGCGCGUAAAUACGACUUGGCGGUCUCGGUUGUUCUUGGACGGAAUAUCGAUGCAAUUGUGGUCGAUACGGAGAAGACCUGUAUCGAAUGCAUCGAGUAUAUGCGAAAUCAACGUGCUGGACAAGCGACCUUUAUACCACUUGAUACAAUCAAAGUCAAACCUAUCAACGAUCGGUUGCGGAGUCUGGCAAAGGGAGCACGACUUGCUGUCGAGGUGGUUCAAUGUGACCCGUCUGUCGAGCGUGCUGUUCAUCACGCUUGCGGAAAUGCACUCAUUUGCGACACGAUGGAUAUUGCGCGAGAGGUCUCGUUUGGCCGAGGGCAAGACGUCAAAGCGGUGUCAUUGGAUGGUACUGUCAUCCAUAAAAGUGGUCUCAUGACUGGUGGGCGUAGCACACACAAUACUGGAAAGACCUGGGAGGAAAGGGAGAUUCAGAAUCUUCAACGGGCCCGAGAUGAGCUUCUUGCCCAGAUGAGGGACCUGAACAAGUCGAAACCCCGUGCGAGAGCGGAUGAGGGACUCACGACGGAGUUUAACCGCCUCGAGUCAGCCCUAGUGAUUGCAAGGGAGGAGCGGGCCUCUGCCAGAUCCAAAGUUGACGACAUCAAGAAAGAACUGAAGCAUAUCCACGACGAGCUCGCGAAACUCGCUCCACAGCUAAAGAAGGCCAAUGAGUCUCAAUCCGCUAUUGAACGUGAAAUGGCCAAGCUACAGAGUGUCGUAGACAAGGCUGAGAGCGAGGUCUUUGCUGAGUUUUGUGAGAAGUAUCGAUUCUCAAGUAUUCGGGAGUAUGAAGAUCGGCAGCUCAAGUCUGCUCAGGAGGAAUCGGAGAUUCGCCUUCGAUUUGAUACUCAAAUUUCCCGAUUGACUCACCAAAUCCGGUUCAGCGAAGAACAAGCGAAUAGCACGCGUACCCGGUUGGAACGCUUGGAGGAAGCAGCGUCGUCGCAACGCGCUCAACUCGCAACGCUUGAGGCCGAACAAGCAGCGAUCAAAGAAGAGAUGGACUCGUUAUCUGCUGGACUGGAGACUAUUCAGGAAGAGUUGAAGGAUCUCAACGCCAACCUUGAGGAAAAGUCCAAGGAACUUGAUAGUGCGAAAAAGCUUGCAGUCAAGGCAUCCAAAGAUCACGAUCGAGCAAUGAAGGAGAUUGCGUCCAUGAAUGACGAGAUUCAGUCACUUGCAAUGGACCGUGGAAACAUCUACCGCAAAUGCCGCCUAGAAGAGGUUCCUUUGCCACUGCGACAAGGCGGUUUAUCUGACGUCCCCGUCACCGAGAACAUUCGUCAAGAAGUUGGCAUGGAUGUCGAUGAGGAAGAUACGUCUCCGGUCAAAGAUGUCGAAGACUAUGGCCUGGUCGUCGACUUUUCGAGCGUUGACGCCGACGAACUGGAAAAUCCUCGAUUCGGCGACCAGCUCGACACAAAGAUUCAGAAUUUGACAGCGGAGAUUGACCAUAUGGCUCCGAACAUGAAAGCAAACGAGCGGUUGGGAGACGUUGCAUCGAAACUCAAGGAGGCAGAGGUAGAGGCUGAGCAGGCAAAGAAGGCAUCGAAAGCCGCUCGCGAUCGCUUCAACGAAGUAAGGCGGGAACGAACUCUGCUGUUCCGCAAAGCGUUUGAUCACAUCUCGGACUGUAUCGACAAAGUAUACAAAGAUCUUACAAAGGGCAAGGCCGCGCCGAUGGGAGGAGUGGCGUACCUUAAUCUAGAAGAUAAUGAGGAACCGUACCUGGGUGGGAUUACCUUCCAUGCCAUGCCCCCGAUGAAACGUUUUCGCGACAUGGAUCAACUCUCUGGAGGAGAAAAGACAGUCGCGGCUCUUGCACUGCUGUUCGCGAUCCACAGCUUCCAACCCUCGCCUUUCUUCGUAUUGGAUGAAGUAGAUGCCGCGUUGGACAACACUAAUGUUGCCAAAGUGGCCAAUUAUAUUCGGCAGCACUGCGCGGACACGUUCCAGUUUAUCGUCAUCUCGCUCAAGGGGUCCCUCUACGAGAGAAGUCAUUCACUUGUCGGCAUAUACCGUGACCAAGACGUCAAUAGCUCCAGCACCCUGACCCUCGACCUCGCAGCCUAUGACACUCAACGAUAG